AUGGGCUACAAAUCGCCCGCGCUCGCCGUGCUUUUCGCGCUGCUCCUCGCGACGUCGCUCGUGUCCGCAGAUGUGUCGUCGGAGCGCCUCAUCGACGAGGUCCGCGCGCUGACGAACGCGCUCAAGAGCCGCCCCAACUUCUCGCUCAUCUACCUCGCCGCAAAAUACGUGCUCAAGAAGCAAGGUCAGUCCCUCGCGGCGCUCCAUUUGCAGAGCGUAAUGCCGCUUGUCCCACUCCCUCCUCGCGAAAUACGGCGCGGACGUGUUCCCAACCCGGAGGCGAAAACCCUCCUCAUCCCAGACAACACCGCCGUACUCCGAUAUUUCAACGGCAAACUCCCCGAUACCCAAGAGGAGGUCGAAGCGCACUUAGACACGGUCCUCAUGAACGUGCUCGACGGGUCCUUCACGCUCGCGGAGCUCCGAAGCGGCUCGUCCUUCCCCACGGUUUACCAGGACCGCCAGCUGGUGCAGAUCGAUGUGGGGAAGGGGUGGCUGAAGCGCGGAACCGGGGUGGCGCUCGGGCAGGCGGGGUCGAAGCGGAGGACGUGGUCCCGGGUGAGCGACCCGGGAAUGUACAAGGGCGAUUUGUUAAUCGCUCAUGGCGUGACGAAUGUGCAGAAGCCCUAG